AUGACGCCGAAGUCGACCGGUAGUGGCAAAAACAACGGCGACGGUAACGGUAAGAAGUCGAGGAAGAGCAAUACUCCUUUCCAGAGGAUAAAGGUCGACCAGGUCAAGUUCGCCGACGAGCGCUUGAAGGACAACCGUUUCGAGGCGAGGGGUGCUGCCGAAUCUGACUAUGGAGCUCGUGCUUCUCGAGAUUUGAUGGUCACCCGCGGUGCUGGGUUCCGGAAGGAAAAGAACAAAAAGAAGCGUGGUAGUUAUAAGGGAGGAGAAAUCACCAUGCAGAGCUACAGUAUCAAGUUUACCGACUAG